AUGGAGCAAGAGAACAGCACAGUAACUGAAUUUACUCUUUUGGGUUUAACUGAAUCUCGGGAAAUUCAACUCUUCGUCUUUGUAUUAAUCUUCUCAUUCUACAUGAUUGUUCUUCCUGGGAAUCUCCUCAUUAUCAUCACCAUCAGAUCAGAUCCUGCUCUCACAGCACCUCUAUAUUUCUUCUUGGGAAAUCUGGCUUUCUUGGAUGCUUCUUAUUCCUUUAUUGUAGCCCCAAAGAUGCUGGUAGAUUUUUUGUAUGAGAAGAAGACUAUCACUUAUCAAGGGUGCAUCACCCAGCUCUUCUUUUUGCACUUUCUUGGAGCAGGUGAGAUGUUCCUCCUUGUUGUGAUGGCCUUUGACCGCUACAUUGCCAUCUGCCAACCAUUACACUAUGCAAAUAUCAUGAACCGCCAGGUCUGCUAUGCUCUGUUGCUAGCCUUGUGGAUUGGGGGUUUUACACACUCCAUUGUGCAGGUGGCUCUCAUUGUUCGCCUGCCUUUCUGUGGCCCAAAUCAGCUGGACAACUUCUUCUGUGAUGUCCCACAGGUCAUCAAGCUGGCCUGCACUGACACCUUUGUGGUAGAGCUUCUGAUGGUAUCCAAUAGUGGACUGCUCACCCUGCUAUGCUUCCUGGGUUUGCUGACAUCCUAUGCAGUCAUCCUCUUCCGAGUUAGAGGAUCUUCUUCUGAGGGGAAGAGCAAGGCUUUGUCCACUUGUACCACCCAUGUUAUCAUUGUAUUCCUGAUGUUUGGACCUGCCAUCUUUAUUUACACCCGCCCUUUUAGGACCUUCCCAGCAGACAAAGUGGUUGCCCUCUUUCAUACUGUCAUUUUUCCUUUGCUGAAUCCUGUGAUUUAUACCCUGAGAAACCAGGAAGUGAAGUCUUCAAUGAAGAAGUUGGUGAACAGGCAGGUCCUUUGUGGAGUAGAAUGA